CCGAGCGCCAGAAAGAAGGUACUAAUGACAGCGGCAGCGGCGGCGUAGGAAAAGCGAAAGCCGCCUCGUUGAGGAAUGAACACGGUGGCGACGCCGGUCGCGGCGAUGGUCCACCCAUUCGCUCCGGCCGCCUCCUCAAUCUGCCUCCGCCAGGGCCAAGCACGACUUCAAAAUCCUCUCUUUCGCCCCUGCUUUCGUCAGAUUAGGAGGCCAUUGAGAUCCGCGCGCGGAGAGCUGCAAACCUCGGAGACCUCAACGGCGACGACAGCUUCGACUUCUAUAAGGACUCAUCGGGUCACUGUUCACGACCGUCAGCGCGGCGCGGUCCACGAAUUCCUUGUGCCGGAGGAUCAAUACAUACUGCACACGGCGGAGGCGCAGAACAUAUCCCUCCCCUUUGCUUGCAGGCACGGUUGCUGUACUAGCUGUGCUGUUCGAGUAAAAUCCGGUCAAAUUAGACAACCAGAAGCUCUUGGAAUAUCUGCAGAAUUGAAAGAUAAGGGUUACGCAUUGCUCUGUGUGGGUUUUCCAUCUUCUGAUAUUGAAGUUGAAACUCAAGAUGAAGAUGAGGUGUACUGGCUCCAAUUCGGGCGGUAUUUUGCGCGAGGCCCAGUUGAAAGAGAUGACUAUGCCUUGGAGCUGGCUAUGGGCGAUGAAUGAAUGGACAAUUGGAAAGAUCAACUAUUGCUCAUAAUCUGCUGAGCUUUUCUUUCCUGGUUGUGUGUUUGAUCUAGUGUGUAUUACACGUACCUUUACUCGAUCCUCAUAUUAAAUAUCAAUCUUCGCUUGUUUGCCCAAAAAAAUUGCGUUUAGGAAAUCUAUAAUUUGUAGCUGUUUGCAGAUCUUACAAUUCCCUUCAAUAUCAAAGUUAUGAUGGUUAUAUAUGUUUUCUA